AUGAAUUAAAAAAGCAUAUUAUCUCACAUUUUAGAUAAUCCAUUCCACAAACUAAAAGUUGGAGCAGCCGCCAAAAAAACCUAGAAUAAAGAAGCUUUACGAUUAUACAGGGACAUUUUAAAGUUUUCUAUAGAAUUUGAUUGGGCUAAUAAGAAUGGAGAGACUUGGAGAGACAUCAUUAGAAAAAGUGCAAGGAAGGAAUUUGAAAUAGCUAAAAAUGAAGCUGAUCCAUUUAUGGUCAUGAGAAUGAUAAUGACAUCCAGGGAAGCCAUGUAAAAAACAAGGGAAAAAUUAAAUGAGGAAUACUUUAAAUUAAAUACGACAUUCUCAGAAAGAACUCAAACGAAUUAGCAAAAUAAAAUAGAAUGA